AUGACUUCAACCAAUUCACCCAGACAGUUCCUUUCGCAAGCAUGGACCAAUCGUUCAACGGACCCCGAUCCGGAACCGUCACAUUCACGACGAGGCAAACGUCCUGGUCCGUCCGAUGUGUCCCGGUCGUGGCACGCCGGAUGUCCGGCUGCGGACGACCGAGGUCCAAUCCAGUCCCAUUCGUAUCCGGGACCAAUGCAGUACGGAUUUGGAGCAUUGUUUCGCACCGGUCCACUCCCAUCACUCCCAGUGGAUCUAGUCCCGGGGACGAAUCGUCCCACUACUGCUCCGUUUCUGUUAACCGGUGGUCGACUAGCCUCACCCGGUACACCAAAUCGCAUGAGAAAUAGUGCCGGUGGAACGGGCAAAGUGAGUAAUUUGUGGUGA